CGACACACGUGGUUGUCGGAAACAAAAUUAAUGUUGUUGAAGGGAAUCCUAGUCGAUAAUGCAGCACGACGACGUAAUUUGGAGCAUCAUCAAUGGUUCCUUUUGUUCCUUUAAGGCUCGAACUAAAAGUCAGAAGUUCUGCAGAAAUGAGUACAACCUUACGGGACUAUGUAACAGACAGUCGUGUCCAUUGGCUAACAGUCAGUAUGCUACAGUGCGAGAGGAGAAAGGUGUCUGCUACUUGUACAUGAAGACUGUGGAGCGGGCGGCGUUCCCACGACGCAUGUGGGAGAAAGUGAAAUUGUCCAGAAACUACGAGAAGGCUCUGCAGCAAAUUGACGAGAAUCUGAUUUACUGGCAAAGAUUUGUAAAGCACAAGUGUAAGCAGCGAUUCACAAAAAUCACCCAGUACUUGAUCAGGAUUCGAAAGCUGACCUUGAAACGGAAAAGAAAACUCGUACCAUUAAAUCGAAAAGUUGAGAGACGUGAGAGCCGUCGCGAGGAAAAGGCUUUGGUAGCUGCCAGACUGGAUACUGCCAUUGAAAAGGAACUUCUCGAGAGACUUAAAGAGGGAACGUAUGGAGAUAUUUACAAUUUCCCAGCGACGGCUUUUGAUAAAGUUCUGGAAGACGAAGAGGUGUCCAGUGAAGAAGAAACGGAAAAGGAAAAUGAACAGGAAGUAGAUGGGGCCGCAUCUGCUAAGGCGGACAUGGGUUCGGCUUCUGAUUCUGACAGUGACUCUGGUGAGGUUGAGUACAUCGCAGAAGAUGAGUUUGAUGAAAGUGAGGUGUCAGAUUUAGAGGAUAUGGACAAAUUGACUGAUCACCAUGGUGAUGACUCUGAGGAGGACAGCUCUUCAGAUGAAGAGGUGAAAACUGUAUCUAAAUUCAAACAAUUGAGGAAAAAGCGUCCGCGAGUGGAAAUAGAAUACGAGAAAGAGACAGAGCAGCCAUCCACAUCAAAGGCGAAAAUGACUGUUUGAUUGAUUGACUAACGGCUGAAUAAUGUGGAGAACAUCAGACUGUAAAUCUUGUUUGUUGUAUAUAAGAAUCUUUUCUUUCGAGUGAAGUUGAUAUAAUUUGGUGCAUCAUUACCCAAACUAAACUUCUGUGGAUUAGAUUUAUAAUGGAUACACUUAAAGGAGAUGAAAACUUUAAAAAAAUGACACUAUAGGCUGAAAAAAGCACCCUUUUUUUUCUAUCUGUUGGUGCCUGCUGCAUAAUUUUGCGAUUUUUCCUUGCCAUACGCGUAAAGCCUGAAAACGGCAAAGAUGGUAUAAAUCGCUGAGUCCAUAGCCUCUUUAACUCCCUGUAAUUUAUGCUGGGGGUAUGUCGCCUCUCAGCCAGUGAGAGUCGUUAAAACUGCCGGUUUGUGCGUGUAAACUUGGAACCUACGUCCAACAUUCCGGUUUCCCGAUCGUCAAGCGGAAAACGAACUAUACCCUUUGCUACAUUCUGGGAAGAAGAGUUUUCUCGGAAAUGUACAAACUGUACUUCGACGGUUUCCGACGGCAAUUUUCCUCCUCACACAGAAGACUUCAGGACUAGUUCUUAGGCAAAAUGGAGUCGUCCACAGCAGAUUUUGGCGCUGACUUUAUUUAAAAUAUAUCAACUUGAGGUACAUAUUAGAAUUUUUUUAUGGCAUGCACCUGCGAGGAAAUGCAUACUCUUUUCAGUGGUAUUUGAUAUUUAAAUUUUCUUCUCCUUUUAAAUGGGUGGUCAGGGCCUCUGUGGCCAAGUGCAAACGCUGGACAAUCAAUCGGGAGCCUCUCACCAAUACGUUUGUGGGGAGUUUUUAUCCAGUUCAUACUAGUUUCCUCUGUAGUUGUACGUGGGAAGUUCUGCCAGCAAAGAGCGAAUGGUUGUGGAAUUUCCAAGGGUAGCCGGUUUCCUGCCAC